AUGGAGAUCGCCAGCUCAGCCGUGCGGAUGGUGUCAGUAUUCCAGGAGUUGCUGCCGGGGAUGGCGUCCCAGCAGGGCACCUUGGUCAACAAAGCCGGUCGCCGCCACAGGGAGCACCAAGAGUCCCGAAGGGGGAGCCGAGGUGGGCAGGGACACCAGAACAUCCGGCAGGAGCACGUGACUCAGCUGAUCUCCAUGGUGGCGGCGAUGUCACUGCAGCAGGAAGACGCUCUCAACACAGUUCGGAUGGACACGUCAUUCACCUUUCGUCUGAGAAAGGAGGGCCCGGGAGCCGUCCUCAAGGAGCUCGUUCAGGCAGGACAAAAAUGGCAUCAGAUGACCAACAAAGGCGAGCAACUAGGACCGCUGAGGCUGGUGGCGUUCGGACUUCUUCUGAAAGAGACGGAGGCGAGGCUGAAGCUGCUGCUGUCAAGCGAGGAGGCCCAAAAGAAGGCAGUGGAGUGCCACUGGGUGGACGGAGCAGGAAGGUUCGUGUACCAGAAGUGGAACCCGAUAGCCAAAAGACUCGAGGUGGACACAGCCAAGCAGGGGCUGACACCGACCAUCACGAAGUUCAGUGCGAAGAAGCGCCGGGACGGGGAAGCGGAGCCAGAAGAGGGGAACACGGCGGUGUUCACGGUGGAGAUAUCAUUGCGAAGCCCGGCAGCAAACGACAUUCAUCAGCAGCUGCUGCUCCUACAGGACAGCGCAGCGUGGCAGCUUGUUGGGGCGCAGCUUCGACCUCCAACAUUGAAGCGUCACGGAAUCGCGGUGGCCCUUCAGAAGAAUCUGGAAGAGGCAAGAAAGUAA